AUCUGUGUGUAUGCAGUGGUAUUUAUGUGUUUUCAUAUUCGUUUCAUCAACAAGUGUGCAUUGUUGUGUAAAUUGGCCCAUCAAAUUCAUUAGAUUUAAUUGAAUUUUCAUUAUAUUUCUCUUGGAAAAUCAAAAUGGCUCGUUAUUUCAAAGAACAAGACAUCGAUGAGUUUCGUGAAUGCUUUUACCUGUUUGCACGUUCCGGUCAAAUAACCACACUCGAUGAAUUAACGGUUAUCAUGCGCUCACUUGGUCUAUCGCCAACAAUCAAGGAACUGACACGAUACUUACGCAAAAAGAAUGGCCGAAUGAGUUUUGCCGAUUUCCUCGAUGUGAUGCAUCAACACUCAAAGGUGGAAAAUUUACCGGACGAAGUGAUCGAUGCUUUUAAAGCGGCCAUGGAUAAUAAGGGCACGAUACCAGCCAAACAAUUGCGACACUUGUUGCAAAAUUGGGGUGAAGGUUUAUCCGUGCGCGAAAUAGAUAACAUUUUCCGCGAGGCAAAUGUUCAAAACAAUGGUUCAGUGCAUUACAGUGAUUUUGUUAAAAUUGCAUGUGCCCCUGUUCCAGACUACUAUUAAUUAUUGAUGUCUUUCAUCAGCGCAUCACCCAUUUUUUUUUUUGGCGAUGUCGGUCUUCUUAUGACUCUCAGCUUUCAUUCAGUUUGCAUUUUCAUUCAGUCUUCAAUUUGUACAUGUGGAGUGUCUGUGUCUGUGUAUGAUUCAUUUUAUUCAAUUCUUAUGUGAUCUACAAUCCGCUAUAUUCGAUCGUAUUAGCUACGCUGAAUUUAAAAAUUAUUUUGAUAAUUUUUUUUUGUCUAGGAAGAAUUUUUCGUUUUCAUUUUUUUUUUCUUUAGUUACUGCCUGCUAAUUAUAGUAGAUGAUUAUAAAUUAGCUUUUUUUGUUGUUGCAUAGAAACUUUUUUUUCUGUACUUGUGUGAUUAAAUAUUUUAUUUUUUAAAUAAAUGUGACGUACUAAGUACUUAGAAAUAGAACGGAGAUGAUGAUCCUGUUUUCAUACUACAUUUCAUUUUGUAUGUGCUACUAAAAAUUGUAUAUCUAUUUCUUGCAUGGAAAAUAGCUUUAGUUUUAUUUAAUGAGCAAUUGGUUUUGAGCCAUUGAGUUGAAGUUCAUUUGGCUUAUCUUUAGCAUGCUUUUAUGCAUUUUUUUUUCUUCAAAAAAAAAACGAACAACUUUUUUUUCUAUACAAAUAAUGGCUUAUUGAUAAAUAAAGAUUAAAAAUUACAGAACAAAUUUCAACUUAUUUUUUUUCACUUAAGUUGUGAUUGAUGCGCAACCUUAAAUUAUAUGAUAACAUCUUCGGCGAAUGAAACACCCAAAUAAGCCAAUUCCAUUUCGGUCGGACUCAACAAUUGUUUUAUAUCUUUGGCCCUAAAACUAUUCGCUGUCUUCACUGAAUGUAUUGUCAUUUAUUUAUCUAUAUCUUCCAUCUCGAAAACGAAAAAAAA